GUUGACCAUUCGCGCUUUACUCAAUAUUGUGAACCUACUAGGAUCAAGCGAGCACAUAACAGAAUGUCUCAGACAAGCACGCCGCUCAGUCGCACAGCCGUUGAUCGGUUCUCUCCAUCGAUGAAUCAGGAUCAACAACUCUCACAAGCCGACUUCGAAGAAUUGUUUGGAACAGCUGAUUCAGCACAGCCUGUCUUUUUGUCAAACGACAGCGACAUAUUUGAUGAGCUCGGAUUUGCAUACGAAGAAGACUGUAUUGUACCUGCUGAUUCAUCAAACCCCUCCGCAAUCUCGACCCCCAACUUCUCCAACUACGACUUCGGCCAGAACGCCGCAGUGUACCCGACCCCUGGGCCAAACUCACCACAUCCGUACCCACUAGAGCUGCAACGAGUUCAUCCAGCGAUAAUUGAUCAGCAAGACUACAAUCACCGUCCCCGUCCUACACGAUCUCAAACGAAUAAUGCCUACAACUAUCCAGCACAGCUGCCACAAUGCUACGGUCAUCGUCGUCGAUCGUUGAGUACUAGCGACGCGAAUCGAAUCGCUGCAAGUAAUAGCAUCAACAACCCAACUUUCAUUCGCCUUCAAGCACCACGCGCGAGAUCGAGUACACCAGAAGACAGGAGAAGGAAUGGUCUAUACUACCGGCAUGGAAGGAGUGCAAGUCAAGGUCCCGCGCAAGGAGACAGACCAACGAACCCGACAAGUACACCAUACCAUAUCUACAGUGACUCGUUGGUAGGUGGCCUGUUACCAACACCCAUUGGCACACCACUAAACGAGUUGGCCGACAUUGAAGAAUUGAAUUACCGCACUGGCACAACUGUUCAUACAGUCCACUCGGAAGGCCCGGUGUUUCGACACAUGAGACGCCCUGACGAAAUGGCACGAAGCAGGCGCAUCAUUGAGAUUGGCGCUCUCGUCGUUUCCAAUCGGUCCAAACUGGAUCCUAGACUUGAGCCGCUUAGUCCGACUGCGGAUCGCGCACGAAUCCUGGAGAAGCUGGGCGAUAUCGAAGAACAUCUUAGGAACAAGGAAUGUAAAGAAGCGCUCCCAGCGUGUAUGACGAUUCGCGUUACGCUGUCAAGGAAUAUGGACGCUGAGGAUGUGGAUGUAGCGGACAACACAGUAGAGGUCUGUUCAGAAGCGCCUGGCAAGGAGCGCCUGGAAACGCAAUGCGAUACGUACGACGAUCAUGACGACAACGAGAUCAUGGAAAUGUUGAUGAGAGAGAAUGGCGUUGCUGGACAAGACGAGGUAAAUAGAAAAACAAAAUGAGCACUCACUACAUUGCAGGCUCUCCAUACACAGGAUAGUAGCUCAGCCAUGAUGCAAAGACUCUGGAUACAUGUGUUUACAGUAUUGAUCCUCGAGUGUUCAUGGAGAGGGAAGAGUUGGCGACGGCGCUUGAGAGGUCAAACCUUGAGAGCAAGUGUGUAUGUUAAUGAGUAAAACGAAUAUCAGGAAAGCGUUUAUUCAAC